AUGUUUGACGUCAUCCUCCGCGAGCUGAACCUGCUGCUGAACGAGGCGCUCAGCGGAAAUAUUCCUCCAGCUUUUGUGUGUUUGUGUCGUGCUGGUCAGGAAGAGGGGAGGCGAUCAUACCGUACGAUCUUACUGCUCAACAACGAUUACAAGCUGUUCUCCCGUAUCCUCAAAAUCAGGCUGAAGCGGGUGAUGAGGGAACACCACGUGCUAAUCGAAGGUCAGAAAUGCUCGAACUCAGAGCGGAACAUUUUCCAAGCCACUCUCGCUCUGAAAGAUCGCAUAGCGAGUCUCCGUCGUGACCGUCGUGCUGGGAUGCUAAUUAGCUUCGAUCUCGACCAUGCGUUUGAUCACGUCCGGCAUUCUUUCCUUUUCCAAACCAUGCGUUCUUUCGGCUUCAACGACGAUUUCAUCGCUCUACUCACGCGCAUCGCCAGUCGAUCUGCUUCUCGACUGCUUAUCAACGGACAUCGCUCACGCUCGUUCGAGAUUCAACGAUCGGAUAUGGUACCUAGCGUCCAUUCUUCCACCGUUGAACGUACAUAUAGCGAAGGUUACAUCAAUGAUGAGAACGUUUCUCUGGAGAGCGACAGUUGCUCGCGUCCCGAUGUUGAUGCAAGGAAAAAGGCGGUCUGA